AUUGAAUUGUUCGCCAGAUGUCGCUAGUUUAGAAAUCAUCUGUUCUUUAGGAAAAAUAUGAUUUUGAAGACUAAUGCAUAUAUACUUCAGUUUUUAAUUACCGGGUCUGUUAAACAACUGGGAGCUUCUAUUAAUACUCGGUGGUUUGCCACAAUGUCCGAAUUACUUAAUAAAGUUCCUGACGUAGAUAUCGAUGCAAAUGGAAAGUUUAAAUACAUGUUACUUAAUAUUCAUGAUAAAACUAACGAUGCCUUCAAACCGGUCGUUAGAGGUUAUACUAAAGCAGAAUGGCAUGACAAUGUUUACGAAGAGACUACUGAACAAUUGAAACAAUAUCCUGAUCUCGAAGUGGAGAGCUUAGGUGGUGGAAGAAUAUUACAUGAUCCUGAAAAAAAGUCUAUCAAGGUUUAUGGUUAUUCGCAAGGAUACGGAAAAGCCGAUCAUCAGGUGACAGUCGAUUUGUUGAAAAAAAAAUAUACCGAUUAUGAUAUUACAUAUUCGGAUGAUGGUUAUUAAAAAGCAAAGGGGU